AUGGAUGGUGAAACUGCACUUUUGGACGAGUACAAUUCGAAUUUAGCAUCUACAAGUUCAGCGUCGGAUGUUGGAGAAAGGACAAAUAAUGGAAGGAAUCAUCAUAUGACAACUGAAUUUAAUGAAGCAACCAACGGAUUUCCAUCUUGCUCUCGUUAUCCAUACGAAAUGACACAAGCAAACGGACAUGUUACCGUCACUCAGCCUGGAUCCUCGCAGCCAGAUCGGCUAGAAACUGCAGUGGAUAUCAAUGAUGGGGAUACAGAUAUCGAAGAAGAACUGUCUCAUUCUUGUAAACAAGUUAUCGUUCCAUCCAAAUCACAGGUUUUAUUCUACGUGUCAACGUCAACUCAUUUACGUUUGAAUCAUCAGGGAUCCGAAUUGCAGGUAACUGAUCCAUCUGACUUCCCACUUUUGGAUAUUUGGUCUGAAAAUGUUUGUGAUGAAGCACCGUUCUGGAUUAUAGAGUCUUACGGUCGUCGAGUAGCAGUUGUAACUGACACUGCGCCACGUUCACUACUUUCAUUUUUUAUUCCAUUUUUACGACCAAGACGGACGGUCCCAACAUUCUCAAUUAUUGACUGGAAUGGAGAGGUUUUGGGUUAUUAUGCUCUUGGAAGUGAUGGAAUUGAAGUGCAAGACACUCGUCAUGAGCCAAUUGCAAAAGCGUUCUGUGAGCCAGAUCCAUCUGGAGGAUCCACGUGGAGAGUUGUUUGUGAGAAGAACUCUCAACGACAGUUGGCUAUUCUGACACCAGAUGGACGUCUCUCGUUCUCUUCUGAAAUUGCACUUCCACUGAAACUUCUUCUUAUUUGUACAUUGAGUCGAGCUAUUGUAAAUCGAACAACUUCAUCUUGUUUUCCAUUCUUUCGAUAA